UCCACGCGACUCGUCACUCCCCAGCCAUGGCGGCCGCCCCUCUCACCCUCCCGACCCAAUGCCUUCCACCCUUAUCCUUCCGGCCGCCUCGGAAAAAGACCACAAUACCCCUCUUAGCCUUCGCCACCGCGUGCAGGGCGCGAGCUCCAUACCCGCUGAAGGAGGGGCAGUCUCGACUUUUCCACCGGCUGCCCUCCGGCCUCAACAUGGAAGUCAUCUUCCAGAAGGGCCUUUCAUCGUCGUCGGCGGCGGCGGCGGCGGCGGCGGCGGAGGAGGCGGAGAAAGGAUGCCGCCCUCCACCUUUGGUGUUCGUCCAUGGGAGCUUCCACGCGGCCUGGUGCUGGGCCGAGCACUGGCUCCCCUUCUUCUCCCGCGCCGGCUUCGACUGCUACGCCCUCAGCCUCUUGGGCCAGGGUGAAAGUGAUGUUCCUACAGGAGCAGUAGCAGGCACUCUCCAGACACAUACAAGUGAUAUAGCUGAUUUCAUCCGAAAAGAGGUCAGCAUGCCACCUAUUUUGAUUGGACAUUCAUUUGGAGGACUCAUUGUUCAGUCUUACAUUUCAAAGAUGAUGGAUCAGUUUUCCUCCAGUCAAACAUCUUCUGAUGAGAGGAAUGCAUGUCACCCACUGCUUGCAGGAGCUGUGCUUGUAUGUUCUGUUCCUCCUUCUGGAAAUAGUGGUCUAGUGUGGCGGUAUCUCAUGUUCAAGCCAAUUGCUGCUAUUAAGGUAACACUGAGCUUGGCUGCAAAAGCUUUUGCAAAUUCUCUGCCCCUUUGCAGAGAAACAUUUUUUUCUUCAACAAUGGAAGAUCAACUAGUCCUAAGGUAUCAGGAGCUAAUGAAAGAAAGUUCGAAGCUGCCAUUAUUCGACCUCAAGAAGCUUAAUGCAUCUUUGCCUGUACCUUCAGUGUCAAAGGAUUCUAUACAACUUCUUAUAAUGGGUUCCAGUGAUGAUUUCAUAGUUAGCAUACAUUGGUGGUUUUAUAUUAUGGUACCUAAUUCUUCCUUAUAAAAUAUCUCUACGAUGCCUUCUGGUUUUCUUCUUGAAGUCUUCCUCUGCCUUCUAAUUGCUUGCUAUAGAUAUUUAAAGCCAUUUUCUGGACUCAUGAUUUCUAGACAAUAAAAAAGAAUAUUUAUAUCUUCUUGUGCUGACAUUAUUAUGCCUUAAAAAUAUCUUACGCUCAAUUAUAAACUUUUUUAAACUGCAGGAUGCGGAAGGGCUUUACGAAACAGCAAAGUUUUAUGAUGUGCAGCCAUUUUGUGUGGAAGGUGUUGCCCAUGAUAUGAUGUUAGAUUCUUCAUGGGAAAAAGGUGCAGAAAUAAUCUUGUCAUGGCUAAAGAAUUUACAUUAUGAGCAAAUUCUUUGAUUAGUUGGCAAGAUCUUCUAGAGCACUCCUUUUCCUACUAUUUUUGAUUUAGUGCCAUAAUUUUUCUUGUCUGUGCAAAUUAUUUGAAAUUCCGGAUUGACAUGCACCACUUGAAAGUCGCAACUGUCAUGCCAACAUUAUAACAGAAAUAUGAGCUUUAUUCUUUUCUUGUCAUGUAUGGAGGUUAUUUCUCUUUGAUGUUUCCA